UGUGCUCGAGGGCUGUCACGAAUCGGGGGAGCACGAGGACGAUCGAUCGAUGGGGAUGAACGACGAACAACGAGACCGGAGAUGCGAUCGUUGGAGCUGAAGAAUAUGGAGGGAGCUGGGACGGAUGUUCUUUGAUCGGCGAGGAUUCGGAUUCGGAUUUCGCUGAUGUUGGAGCUGGAGCGUGUGCCCGGCGUGAGGUGACGUGACCCGGCGAGCUGAUUUGAUGUGUUAGGGUUUGGCAAAAAUUGCAUGGCCUGGGGAAUUUCGACGCCGGGAUAAGCGCACUUUGAAGCAGGACGAUUUAUCUGUGGGGAAAACAUGGCUUCGUUGAGGGCGUCAUCGAAGUGUCUUGCGAGGCAUUUGAGACUGGAUAGGCUAAGUGUGCAGGGUUUAAGCAGGAGUUUGUCUUCCUUCCCUCUGUCCUCAUCAAGCUCGCGGGAAUUUGUCACAUUUUCUCUCAGCCAGCCUCAGGGCAUCGAUGAAUCCGUUGAUCUAGCUCAUCGCAUCGGAGAAAUUAAUCUUGGCGCUUUUACGUAUGGAAGAAAGAAUUUCAGUACCAGUGCUUCGGAGUCGCAGCCUCCGUCGGAAUCCGAAGUCCCUGCCCCUCAACCCGCUGCAGGCUAUAGCGCUGUAUCAUCUCCCCUCCGCAGUUACAGUCCCGUUCUCUCUGGAUUCUCUGUUCUCCCUCAUCCUGCAGCGGGCCUUCCUGCGGGUCUGAGCCCUCCCUCCAACGUUGGGAGCCUUAGCCUAGAAUUUUUGGGAAGAGAAAUGUCUAAUCUCCUGUCUCUUGGUAAGCUCGAGGAAACCAUUCGACUUUUUGAAGAAUGGGUGAAGAGUCCGGGUCUCGAUGGAAAGCCAAAGGUUCCUAACUUAAUGGUUUACAAUCUGUUGCUCCAUGCCAAGUUGCGAAUUGGAGCUGAUCCAAGGAAUCUGCUACAAGUGCUCAAGGAGAUGGAGAUGAGCGGUAUAAAUCCAAACUUGUUGACCUUCAACUUCCUGCUGCGGGCGAUUUUUCGACAUCGUGAUUCGAUAAUGGCAGAGAAGAUUAUAGCGAGAAUGGAGCAACGUGGACCAGAAGCCCAGCCGGACGGCGACUCAUACAACUUUGUAAUUGUGCUCUGUGCCUUGGAUCGAAGACUCGACGCCGGGUUGAAGCAUUUGCAAUCCAUGUAUAACAGGGGUUACGUGCCCAGCAAAACGACCUACAAUGAGCUGUUACUCACUGCUACUCGAUUGCACCGCACUCGUGUUGCCGUAUCACUACUGAAGGAUUUGAAGAAGUACAACGUCGCCCCUCAAGUUCAGAGCAUCGCGGAAUUGGCCGUUGCCGCAACCGAGGUUGAUGACUCUGAGUGUGCACUCCUUGCCCUACGAGUUUUAUCAGAAUCAGAACUCAGCAAGUCGGUUAGAAAUUUGACUAUGGAUGAAGGUGGCAUUCACGCUAUCCUUUCCUGUGCUGCUCGGGCUGCUGAUAUCGAAUUGUCCACUGAAGCGUGGUCCAUGCUUCGCGCCUCCUUUCGUGGGACUAAAACCCCUCGUCCUUCAAGCUAUCAUGCACGUAUCCAUGCUCUUGCCGCUGGAGGGGACUUCGAUACAGCUUUCAGCACGCUGCAUGAGAUGCAAGAAGCCUACAACGAUACUGAGUACGCCGCUGAUACGAAUAUAUUUUCUCCAUUCACCUCCUUGCGUCCUCUUGUACUAGCAUGUACGCGAGGAGGAGCUGCAGCUCUAGAUGCGGCCUACUACAAACUUGCUGAAAUGCACGCAGCAGGCAAGCCCGUGGCUCUAGCUGCCAUCAAUUGUGUGAUUCAGGGAUGCUCUAAUAUUUGGGACUACGACCGAGCUUAUCAAACGUUUGAGGCUAUUGGAACGACAUUUGGACUAAUGCCUGAUGUGCACUCCUGCAACGCCCUCUUGGAUGUUUUUGGCAAGAAUAGGAAGACGUCCGAGGUGCUGCAAAUAUAUAGCUACAUGGGUGAGAUGGGAAUUAGGCCAGAUUCUCGAACAUACAGCCUUAUUAUCGAGGCUCAUGUUGUGAAUCGUGACGUAAAGGCGGCUAUGGAAAGCUUGGAUGCUUUGGUCAACGCUGGCCACACACCUGCAAGAGAUACCAUGUCGAAGAUCCAGAGGCGCUGUGUAAAGGAAGGCGACGAGAACGGGGCUAGAGAAAUAGAUCGUUUGCUGAAGAAAAUGGGAUACCGAGAUGGGGGGCUCAAAGCAACCAAGUGGCAACAAAUCCUGCUGGUUUUGUAGGUUUCAACCCCUUCUUUCAUCUGUAUAGAUUCAGAUGAUUUUAACCCAACUUAUUAUCACAAAGAUACGGAUGCAGAACUCUCCCUGGCCCUGUGCGGAUCUGCAAGGCCUCAAUUCGGGAAGUUCUGAGAUGAGAUUCCUCAAGAUUUUUUGAUAGUGGACCUGAAUGACUCGUAGUUUUGUAGAGAAUCAGGAUGAGUCUCCAGAUAUGGGAGUGUCGCAAAGAACAUAGAGACCGAUUUGCGGAUCUCAAGUUUAUCCUUGCAUCAAACCUUAUGUUGUGUCAGUUGCAAGAACUAGCACGGCCUCUAGGAAAUUACCACCGUGAUGAAAGAAGUCCCGAUGGGUUGUUCAAAGCUUCCCACAAUCUGGAGCAUUUCCUACCUCGUUCGGCCCAAAAUGUGGAAAUUUGAGAUAUGGCCAAAAGUUUAUCAACAGCGGACACAACCUCUCAUUGUUUGUCCAUCACCUUUGAACUGGCUAAAUCAGCCGAAAGUUGGCUCGACUUGUUGGCUAUGGUAAUGCAUGAAAUUUGGAUAGGACUUAGUGGCUUAUCGUCGUCCUUGGUUGCCAGCCACAGAUGGAUGACAAUAUGCAGAAAUAUGUUGGUGAUUGUCUACAUACGCUAUUCAUCGUAUGACAGUAGGUGAAGGCUCUUGACUUAGGUUGUCAUGCCGAUGGCAGAAGCUGUCUGUUGGACGGGCAUGAGACAUAUUACUGUACGAACAUGAACGGCCGGCUAUGAAGGUUCAUGGUACAUAGAAUUCCAUUGGCAGAACAUCUUAUAACGAACCAUAAGAGAACGAAUGAUAAGUUUGCUUGAUAGAUUUCAGUGCCUGUAUACCAGAGUCCAGGGUUUAGCGAAAAGAAUCCCCGGGUCCAGGCCUGGAAAGGGACGCUCGGGAGUCUCAAUGUUAGUUCGAUGGCUGUCCAGGCAGUGCUCAUGUAGUUGUCUCGUUCUGCGGCACUCUUUUUUCGAAAGCUGUAGAGCACGGGAUGCUACCUGGCCUCAUCUGGGGUAGCCAGAUUGCGUGAAAUGCUAAAGUUCUCGAUGAGCGACAUUUCUAUUGGUCCUUUCCAGCCUUGAGCAAAGGCAAAAUUCUGUGUACAGAACCAGGAGCAGAAUCAGUAAAUUUUCGAAACCUCGUCACAUGUGAGUGAAACCUACUGAUCACACACUGUUUUUCGU